CAGGGAUUGAACCGGGAGUGUUCUGCUCUCAAGGACGACAGAGAUAUCCCAAGUAGACAGACACUGUAACGACCAUCGACAUCGACAUUCAUCAUGAGCGGGAGACUGGCAUCAGAAUAUCCUUCCUGGAAGAAGCUCCAGCAGCUUUACGAGUCGGAACACUCGAAGCUCGUACUGAAGGAGCUCUUUGCGCAGGAUCCUGCUCGCUUUGAAAAGUUCAGCAAGGAAUAUGUCUCUCCAGACGAUCCCUCAGUAACGUUCCUCUUGGAUUACUCCAAGAACCUGAUCACCCAACCGAUCCUCGACACGCUUCUGUCGCUGGUGAAGGAGGCUGAGGUUGAGACGUAUCGGGACAAGAUGUUCGCCGGUGAGCACAUCAACACCUCCGAGGAUCGUGCCGUCCUGCACGUUGCUCUCCGCAACUUCGACGAGUUCAAGAUCUCCGAGGCGGGCGUUAGCGAAGUCUCGGGGGUGCUGGCGCACAUGAAGGAGUUCAGCGACGCCGUGCGGAACGGAACGCACAAGGGAUACACCGGUAAGAACAUCAACACGAUCGUCAACAUCGGUAUCGGUGGCUCGGACCUCGGACCUGUGAUGGUCACCGAGGCGCUGAAGGCUUACUCGAAGCGCGAUCUGACGGCGCACUUUGUCUCGAACAUCGACGGCACGCAUAUGGCGGAAACCUUGCGCGUAUGCGACCCCGAGACGACGCUGUUCAUCAUUGCGUCCAAGACGUUCACGACGCAGGAGACGAUCACGAACGCGGAGACUGCGCGGGACUGGUUCCUCGAGACGGCGAAGGACAAGGCGCACGUCGCGAAGCACUUUGUCGCGCUCAGUACCAACACGAAGGCCGUCACGGAGUUCGGUAUCGCAAAGGAGAACAUGUUCGCGUUCUGGGAUUGGGUCGGUGGACGGUACAGUCUCUGGAGUGCGAUCGGGUUGUCGAUUUGCUUGGUAAUCGGGUACGACAACUUUGAGCAGCUGCUCAAGGGCGCACAUGGGAUGGACAAGCACUUCAAGACAACGCCCUUGGAGAAGAACUUGCCUGUCCUCCUGGCUGUCAUUGGUAUCUGGUACAAUGACUUCUAUGGCGCUCAGACCCACUGUCUCCUCCCUUACGACCAGUACCUCCACAAAUUUGCCGACUACUUCCAGCAGGGCGACAUGGAGUCGAACGGUAAGACGGUUACCAAGGGCGGCCAACGCGUUAACUAUCAGACCGGGCCGAUCAUCUGGGGUGCGGCGGGUACCAACGGCCAGCACUCGUUCUACCAGCUCAUCCACCAGGGCACCAAGCUUAUUCCGUGCGAUUUCCUCGCUCCUGCCACGACGCUCAACCCUAUUGGCAACUCGAAACAUCACCGAAUUCUGCUGAGUAACUUCUUCGCGCAGCCAGAGGCACUCGCGUUCGGGAAGACUGAGGAGCAGGUCAAGCAGGAGCUGGGCCCGAAUGCCAGCCAGGCACUGGUCAAGAGCAAGGUGUUCGAGGGGAACAAGCCUAGCAACAGUAUCAUGUUCCCGAAGUUGACCCCUGCUACUCUCGGCGCUUUGAUUGCUCUCUACGAGCACAAGAUCUUCGUGCAGGGUGUCGUCUGGGGCAUCAACUCGUUCGACCAGAUGGGUGUUGAGCUCGGGAAGGUGCUCGCUAAGAACAUCCUCGCACAGCUUGGGAAGCCUGAGGAUGUCAAGGGACAUGAUAGCUCGACGACUGGCUUGAUCCACUACUACCAGAAGCACCGCAAGGAGUGAAGGGUCCUGGCGCGAUUUUGAGAUGGAAAGAAAGAAGACAUAGAAGCAGUACGAUCGUUGUAAAAAUACGGGCAGAGCAAUCAGAGCGUUGUAACGCAAAUCUGAUUUAUAUCGAUAGCAUGUUUACUGUAAUUUCAUAGAGAUUCGAAGCCUACGUUUGCCCAUAA